AUGGAGAAAGACUUUGUUGCUGUGACGGACGUAGAAGCUGCCUCAGUGGGUCAAGGCGGCUACACCACCAAGUUUGACGAUUUUGAUGACCGCUACGAUGUCGACAAGUAUGGAACCAUCAAAAGAAAACUUAAUUCCAGACAUGUUUCCCUCAUGAUCAUUGGCCAAAGUAUCGGUACUGGUCUUUUUAUCGGGUUGGCUAACCCAAUGAAGACUUCGGGAUCUCUUUCACUUUUCAUAGGGUUCCUCUUUUGGGCUUGUCUUGUCAUCUGGCCAUUGAUGCAAUGUGUUGCAGAAAUGUGCUCCUAUUUACCCAUCAAGGGAACUUUCCUUCAUUAUGCUGCUCGUUGGAUUGAUCCAGCCAUGGGCUUUGCCAUCAGUAUGAUCUACCUUUACACCUCCCUCAUGUUUAUCUGUGUUGAAGUCGUCGCCUUCACCUCGGUCAUUUCCUACUGGACAGACAUCAACCCGGGCGUUUUCAUCGCCAUUGGGAUCGUCACCAUUCUUUUGUUCAAUGUGUUUGGGGUCAAUUGGUACGGUGAAAUCGAAUUCUUCUCUUCCAUCCUCAAGGUCAUCUUGGUCGUCGGCUUGAUGUUGUUCGGCUUGAUCGCCAUGUGUGGUGGGAACCCAAAGAAGGACGCCUUUGGUUUCCAACAUUGGUCCGAAGGUGGCUUGUUCAAGGCCUACUUGGUCCCUGGUUCCACCGGGAAGUUCUUGGGCUGGUGGAACGUCUUGAUCUACGCUGCCUUCUCAUGUGGUGGUCCCGAUCUUCUUGCCAUGGUUGCCGGUGAAGUCGCCCAACCAAGAAAGGCCAUCCCACUUGCCGGUCGCAGAGCUUACAUCAGAAUCUAUCUCUUUUACUUUGGAGGUAUCUUCUUCAUGAACACCUUGUGUGCCUCCAACGACCCAACUUUGCUUGCUGCUGGCAAGGCCGGUGCCACCGGUGCUGCUGCUUCUCCCUGGGUCAUUGGGGUCAAAAACGUCGGGGUCCAUGGGCUUGAUUCCCUUAUCAACGCCGUCAUCAUGACCGCCGCUUGGUCCUGUGGUAACGGGUUCAUGUACGGGGCCACCAGAACUCUCUAUUCAGCAGCCUUGGCCGGUUACGUCCCUCGUUUCUUCGCCAAGUGUUUGUCCAACGGUGCCCCCAUCUACUCCGUCUUGUUCUGUAUGCUCAUCUCAUGCUUGUCCUUCUUGUCCAUCAAGAACUCCACCAGUACUGUGUUCCUCUGGUUCAUCAACUUGGCCACCACCGGGAUCCUUUGCACCUACUUGGUCAUAUGGUGGUGCUACUUCAAGUGGAGAAGGGCCCUUGUUGCCCAAGGUAUCUCCUACGAAAAGGACACCUACUACCACCCACCAUGGUUUGUCCAACCAUACAUGUCGUACUUUGGUUGUUUCAUCAACAUCCUCGUAUUGUUCUUCAACGGGUUCUGGAUCUUCUUCCCCGGUCAAUUCUCCGUUGCUAACUUGUUCACUUCCUAUUUCGCUCCUGUCUUUGCCGUGGCCGCCUUUGUAUUCUGGAAAUUCUUGAAGGGCACCCAUUUUAGAACCGACCUCGAAGCUGAUAUCACCUCUGGUAAGGCUGAAAUUGAUGAAGAGGAAGAAAUUGAGGCCCAAAUACUCAGUGAAAACCCUAGAAAGGAAGGUAUUUUGUGGAAAAUUUGGUACAAAACAGCUGAUAUAUGUUUUAAUUAG